GGCGGCUGAGCCGGCGGCUGACGCGGUGGCGCCCGGAGGGGGAACAAAGAGCGGCGGCUGAGGGCGGCGGGACUGGCAUGGUGGUUCAGCAGGGCGCACCGCGCUGCUCUCACAGGGGGGCGGCGGCGGCGCGCCCGCAGAGGCAUGCCCAAAGACAAAUACGAGCCCCCUGACCCUCGGAGGAUGUACACAAUUAUGUCCUCUGAGGAAGCAGCAAAUGGAAAGAAAUCACAUUGGGCAGAGCUUGAAAUAAGUGGAAAAGUAAGAAGCUUAAGCUCAUCUUUGUGGUCACUAACUCACCUGACAGCUUUGCAUCUGAGUGACAAUUCCCCGUCCCGUAUUCCUUCAGACAUUGCCAAGCUUCACAAUCUGGUGUAUCUGGACCUGUCUUCUAAUAAAAUGCGGAGUUUACCGGCAGAACUCGGAAACAUGGUAUCACUCAGGGAACUCCAUUUAAAUAACAACCUGUUACGAGUUCUACCUUUUGAGCUGGGAAAACUGUUUCAGUUGCAGACUUUAGGCCUGAAAGGAAAUCCACUUACCCAAGAUGUAUUGAACCUCUAUUUGGAACCAGAUGGAACAAGAAGGCUACUGAACUAUUUGCUUGAUAAUUUGGCAGUUUCAACAGAACAACCACCUCCAAGAUCUUGGAUUAUGUUACAAGAACCAGACAGAACAAGGCCUACUGCCUUGUUUUCUGUCAUGUGCUACAAUGUUCUUUGUGAUAAAUAUGCGACCCAGCAGUUAUACGGCUACUGUCCAUCAUGGGUGCUAAACUGGGACUACAGGAAAAAGGCCAUUAUUCAAGAAAUCUUGAGCUGCAAUGCUGAUAUCAUAAGUCUUAAGGAGGUUGAAACAGAACAGUAUUACAGUUUUUUUCUGGUUGAACUGAAAGAACGUGGCUAUAAUGGAUUCUUUAGUCCUAAAUCUGGAGCUAGGACAAUGUCAGAACAAGAAAGAAAACAUGUUGAUGGCUGUGCAAUAUUCUUCAAGACAGAAAAAUUUACUUUGGUUCAGAAACACACUGUUGAAUUUAAUCAGCCAGCGAUGGCAAAUUCAGAAGGGUCUGAAGCUAUGCUGAACAGAGUCAUGACAAAAGAUAACAUUGGACUUGCAGUACUGCUAGAACUUCGAAAGGAAUUGAUUGAAAUGUCAUCUGGAAAGCCACGUCUCGGAACAGAAAAACAACUGAUUCUCGUGGCUAAUGCUCAUAUGCAUUGGGACUCUGAAUACUCUGAUGUGAAGUUGGUUCAGACAAUGAUGUUCCUCUCAGAAGUGAAGAACAUUAUUGACAAAGCCUCAUGGAGCCUCCAGUCCAGUGUCUUGGGAGAGUUUGGAGCUAUUCCUCUGGUGGUGUGUGCAGAUCUUAAUUCUUUGCCAGACUCUGGGGUUGUAGAAUAUUUGAGCACUGGUGGAGUAGAAGCAAACCAUAAAGACUUUAAGGAGCUGAGAUAUAAUGAAAGUCUCACAAACUUCAGCUGCAAUGGGAAAAAUGGGACGACCAAUGGCAGGAUCACGCAUGGGUUCAAGUUCAAGAGUGCCUACGAGAGUGGCCUGAUGCCUUACACGAACUACACCUUCGAUUUCAAGGGUAUAAUUGACUACAUCUUCUACUCUAAACCUCAACUGAACACUUUAGGCAUCCUGGGACCUCUGGACCACCAUUGGCUAGUUGAGAAUAAUAUCAGUGGCGGCCCACACCCACUCAUCCCCUCUGAUCACUUCUCACUUUUUGCACAACUGGAGCUCUUACUGCCUUUCCUGCCCCAAGUAAACGGCAUUCACCUUCCCAGCAGGAGGUAGUCAAGUACCUGCAGAGGACGACCUCAGUUUCAUUUGUAAACUCAUAAAAAUCUGAAUAGAGGGGAGUGAGGUAUGGCCACUAGGGUUUUUUUUUUUUUCUUAAUGGUAAUUUGAGUUUUCAAUCUGAUUUUUUGAUAAAGAUAUAGUAUGAAAGCCAGGUGCUAGCAACAGACAAAUACUGAGCCCAAUAUGCUUUAUAUACUGUUAGACAGGGAUUGGUGUGUGUGCACCUCUCUUUAAUUUGUUACAAGUGAUUUUCCUGUUUCUUCUAUUCAAAUAAUAUUUUCAUGCCUUGAAAUAGGAAAAUGUUUGAACAGCAUACUCUCUUUGCACAGAAAUCUGUAGCACUGCUUUCCUGAGGCCAGUAGUACCAUCCAGAGACCAUUCUCCCAUACUUGACUCUUCCCUUUUCAGACUUGUUUGUAAAAUAAAGACUUUGAAUUUAGCCUUUAUGAUUGUAUAUGAUCCACAGGAGACCUGAUUUAUGAAAUUUUGUACUAAAAAAAAUCCGAUUUGGAAAUGAUUGUAUUAUAAACUAAGGCUAAGUUUUUUUUACCUGUUUCAUGUGUUAUAAA